GGAUACAGACGUUAGUGUGUGCAGUGAGUGAAUAUCGACCGAGUAUGGAAUCGGAGAUCAACAAGAUGACGAAGAUACCACCAAAGAACUUCUCCAUAGAAUCGAUCGUCGGCAUCAACAGCCGCAGAUCGCCCGACAUUGAUAUAGAGAACACUAUGACCGAUUUUAACUCCGAAGACGAGGAUCUCAAAGGCAGGGAGUCCAAGAUGUACUAUUUCCAACAGAAUCGUAUGACGAAUUUCCCGUUCUUCAUGUCGUAUGAUAAGAGAAUGAACAACGGCUACCCUGAGAGCCAUGGAGCUGAGGAUCUGAAGAGAGCGAGCCCCGGCAGCGUUAGGAGCGAAGUUGAUAGCGACGGAGCCGACGAUAGGCCGCAUGAAUCUCUGAGUCCACAAUCAGAACCUAUUAAUACGUCAAGCUCAGCGCCCGAUCCAAACAUAAGACGCUACAGGACGGCUUUCACGCGCGAACAACUCGCUAGACUUGAAAAGGAAUUCAUGAAAGAGAACUACGUGUCGCGGCCGAGGCGAUGCGAGCUAGCGGCUCAGCUACAGCUGCCUGAAUCCACUAUCAAGGUAUGGUUUCAAAAUCGCAGGAUGAAGGACAAACGGCAGAGGAUCGCUGUGGCUUGGCCGUAUGCUGCUGUGUACAGCGACCCAGCUUUUGCGGCUUCUAUUUUGCAGGCCGCGGCCUCCUCUGUGGGUCUUCCAUAUGGUUACCCAUCCCCCGGCCUGUUACCCCCCUUCCACAACCCCCAAUUGCUACCCUCCGGCUACCCUUACCCCUACCCCCCCUACCCCAGAUACCCCUACAUCCCCCCAAAUCAAUCCUCCCCAGUCAAUGCGGAACCGAAUCUGCGACCGUCGUACCAAAACUUCAACAUAAACGUCGACAAAUGAACUAAAAUAAUGUAAAUAGAGUUGAAAUUAAUUUAUUUAAUAUAAUAGACGUAUAUAAGUAUCUUCCUAAGUUAUGUAACGAUAAAAGACAAUCUGUAAAUUCCAUUCCAUUCUGUACAAAUAUGUUUUUAUAUUAAAAAUAAAUAAAUAAUAAAACGAAAUAAAUAGUAGAAUAUUAAGUGUACAUAACAAUAAGUGCAAUAAUACUGGUGUUUUAGUUUGAGGAGGCUUCGUGAUCUAGCGGGUUACAUAUUUGUAAAUGUGUAAAUAGUUUUAAGUGUUUAAUAAUUAUAAUGAAUGUAAUUUAGUUAUGUUUAAGAUAUUAAUAAAAGAU